GUCUAGAUCAAGAGGAACCCAGUGCCACAGUAUCUCACAUUACGAACGCAUCACAGAACAAAUGAUCCUCUUCAAACAGCUGCAUCCCAUACAGAGGAAACAGUCAUCACAUAGCAAAUAAUUUUAAAAAAUCGUAGGUAAAAGUUCAAGGUGUCAGAAGUUAACAUUCUCUGCUUUGGUUAGUGCUUUUAUUGGGUUCUCAUAUAUUUAAGAGUAAUUUGUCUCAAAUUUCUCUUUUGGGUGUGUGGGAUAAUAACCAUAACAAAAUGUCUACGAUGGUUGUAAGACGCCCAAUCUCAGGUAAAGGUGUAACAGUAAACACUUUUUCAGGAUUCAGAUAUAUUUCUCAUUUACUUCGAAAAGACUAAAUUCCAAAUGUUUUUUUUUUUUUUUUUUUUUGCAUAGAUCUCCGGUGACAAUGAAUGCUCUAACAUUUGGAUGUUUGGUGUUUUUGACCCUCACAGAAAGUAGGUUAUAUAUUUUUUCUAUAAUGAAAACAUGUUGUCUAACUGGAUUGUAGUUUAUGAACUAACUUGUCUAAUUACUUUUUCCCCCAUAUUUACAGUUUUUUCUUGUAACACAGCAAAGACAAAUCCUUUUGUGUUAGAGAAGAGCCAGAUCACAGCUGAAGAAGACUCCUGUGUUGAAAUCAAAUGUAAACCCACAGGUGUUCCUGCAGAUACUGGAGGUGCAGAAUGGUUUUGGAUGAAGAAUGCGACCUGGACUGGUAGUAAAGGCUUCACUGGGACUGUCCUUUACAGCACUGAUGAGUCAAAAAGGCCCGUCAGUCCACUCUUUAAAAACAGAGUAACAUAUACAGGCUCUACACAUGGAUCUGCUGGAACACAACAAGGACAUCAACUGUGUCAAAUUCAAAUCUGUAGUCUGAGUUUAAGUGACAGUGGAAUUUAUCUGUUCAGAUAUGAGAAAGGAAAUGAUAAAUGGGUGACAGAGCCUAGAGCUAACCUAACUGUUGGUGUCGUUCCUCAAGUUGAGAUUCUGAUUCAGAAUCAGAGUGAAGGAACAUUAGAAGACAUCAAAGAAGGAGACAGCAUCACUCUUGAGUGCAAACUGAAGAAAAGUAACCCAAAACCUGACAGCUUUUCCUGGCAUAAAGAUGGGAAACACCUCAACAAUGUUCAGAUUUAUGAAUUGAUCAGGAUCAAACCAGAGGACAGAGGCAGCUACACAUGUGGAGCCAGAAACCUGAUUGGUUCUGAAACUUCACAACCGAUUUAUCUUGAUGUUAAAUACAAGCCGAGGAAUAUCCGCAUUUCCAGCCAGGGUCUUCAUAAUAACAGAGUUAAAAUCAACACCAGUGUCUCAUUUACCUGCAAUGCUGCAGCAAAUCCACCGCCGCAGUUCUCCUGGUACAAACAGUCUGAAGGAAAACCAAAGAUUUUAAUAACAGACCAAAAGGUUUUCAAUAUAAGUCGGGUUCAAAGAACAGAUGAAGCAUGUUACGUGUGCUCUGCAUCCAAUAUCCUCGGUCAAGGGAAUGGCAGUACUUGUAUACAAUUUUUGUGUGAGUAACAACUUUUUUAAACCAUUAAAGGCCCAGUCCCACAAAUUUGGCGGCCAUUUCACGGCUGGAGCACAGAAAAAGCUUCAUCCCUGUGGUACAGAAGUUGUUAGGAGCGGACUGGUAGU